AUGAAUUGUUUGGAUGGUUCUCUCGGAAGCUGUGUCGGUGGUUCGUGGCUUCAGAAUUACAGUUAUGUUGUCCUGGAACAUGGUAUGAUGGACAAAAAGUGUCGCGUGUGCCCUAAUCACCAUUACAAUGACCUUGAACGAGCAGUCACUGCGUGGAACAGGGCAUACUACAUCGGUUUUAAACCCUGUUUUUCAUGUGCGAAGGCUGUCCACAUAACUUGUGUGAAGCGCUUCCUCAAAAAGGUGGAAACCGACACGAACAUAUGCCACGAUGUGCAAGAGUUUAUCAAUUGUUACAAGGAGGCGGUGGUCAAGAAGCGUUGUUCCGGACGGAGUUUUGACAUCGUGAAGAGUUUUUACAAUCUUUGUAGCCAAUUGGGAGAGAGAAUGUUAAAGGAAGACGAGAAGCACCCCAGGUUGAUGUGCUAA